AUCUCAGUGUACUUCAGCUAUUGUUUUGCUCCGGACCGUGACUUAUCUGACGGACAUGAACGCGCUUUUUGACCGCUUUCACAACUUCAUCUUACCGUUAGUGCGAGGGGAGGACCGGGUCUGCGCCUGCACCUGUGGCAGUCAUCAAGUCUAUCAUGUUGUUCCAUAUAACGGGGGCCAGUCCAUGACGGAUUCCAGAGAAACCUACUUUUUAAGUGACAUCAUGACCCAGCAGGAGAUGGACGUGAUAGUUGGAAUGCUCUUGGGCCUCUGCAUCAGCUGGUUCUUGCUGUGGCUGGAUAGUGUUUGGCACUCAGGGCUCAAAUACUGGAGGGCAAACCAAAUGAAUGAUGUGGGUUUCUGGUCACGGAUGCCCAAAUUCAACAACACAAGGGCCUUAUUCAGGCGGUUACAUCCAAAACACACAGAGGACUCCAGGGGGAACAUGGUGCACCAAGAUGUGUACCAUAAUGUUAAUGGAAGCAUUUGACACAGAAAGAUAAAAAUGUGGAUUAAAUGCAA